AUGUCAACUUCUUGCACUCAGUUACUCGUAAUUGUCUGUCUCUAUUUUCAUGGAGAUCUUCUUGUAAAUGGAGAAUCCUGUAAUGGUGCGGUUGUUCUCGUUGGAACUAAAGAUGUUAUUACUGAUAAAAAUAAUGACCAAUGGGGUAUUCGUCUUAAUGGGAAAAUCGAGAUAAAUGGAAAAGUACUUGGGUUGACAUCAAAUGUUAUACGAUUGGUGUAUUGGAACAGGAUCAUUUAUCAAGAAAAUCAAUAUCUUGUAUGGUGGAAAUGGGUCAGUAAUACAUGGUGGCCUGAGUUGAAUUCUACGAUUAUAGCAUAUUUAACUUCGUCAAGUGGAUGUUCAUCUUCGUCUGUUUCAGCUUCAAGUACUUCACCUGCGUCGACAACCACGUAUUCAAGUAGGUGCAAUCAAGGAUAUACAGGUGAUCACUGUCAAAGCGCGAUUAACUAUUGUACAAAUGUUACAUGUAUGAAUAAUGGUGUUUGUCGGCCAUUGUUACUUGAUUACAAAUGUGAAUGUUUUUCGGGUAUUUCUGGGCGGCAUUGCGAAACAAUUGAAACACAUGUGAUCGUCCGUCAAUAUGUUGCUAAAAGUUUUAUGUUUAUUUCUAUUCUCGCCAUUUCAAUCGCUGCUGGUUUUAUCGUCGUUCUCGACGUAUUGAAGUAUCUUUUCCGCAUGGACGUAACUUGGAAAGAACGGCAACAGAUUCGAUACAAAACCUAUCGAAAGACUUUAGACGAUGUUGAGCGACGUAGUUUGAAAAAUGAACCGCUUGAUAAUGAUACAACGACGAGUGAUGAUGUUAAUGUCGACGAAAUUUUUUUGAUAAUCUUAGUCCAAUACCAACACAAUACCAAAACGACGCUAAUGCUAUUGAGCUCUCUACAAGAUACUUGUGACGCAGCGUUCAGUCCACUUGAAAUAAAAGACCGUCGUCCAGUACUAGUCUACAUUCACCAUGACAAAAACGACACGAUCAAUAUGAUUUGCAAAAAAGUCUUCUGNCAAGAUACUUGUGACGCAGCGUUCAGUCCACUUGAAAUAAAAGACCGUCGUCCAGUACUAGUCUACAUUCACCAUGACAAAAACGACACGAUCAAUAUGAUUUGCAAAAAAGUCUUCUGUUCAGAAAUAAUCAUUGAUUACUUAUUGGAAAAUUAUCUCGUAUGGCCUUGGGAUAUCACUAUCGAAGGCAAUCGCAACAAGUUGGUACAAGUGUGGAAAGAGAUCUUUCCGACGGAAUUGUUGCUUGAUUUUUCUAAGGAAAAAUGUCCUAUGUUUAUUGGUAUUACACGACGGCUAGCAUCAAACAAACAUUGGUACCGACAGUCACAAUACGUAUUCGAAGAAAUGAUUAAAAAUAAUACAGUAGUAGGAAUUGAUUAUACCGCGAUUCGUGAAAUUUUAUAUCGCAAAUUGCUCGAAUUUAAAGACAAAUUUGACAAGAACGAACAAGACUUGGCAUUUGACCUUCGCGAGCAACAUGAUCUCUGCUGGGAUGUCAUUUUGGAAAUUUGUCAAUAUUUGACACUCAACGAUAUGAUUAACACUUUCCACGAUAGUAUUCUUUCGACACUGUCGGAAAUCAACAUGAAAGUGCAGUUAUCGAAUCCUUCGACGAGUGUUAUUAAUAUGAUUUUUCGGCAGCUCAGGCCAAAACAAAUCGCAUCCGUACAUUUUGAUGCGAGUACGUUUCCAAUAACGAAAAUAUCGAACACUUUGGCGAUGCUUCCUAAUGUCCUUUCACUAACGUUGGACAACCUUAAGUCAAUAAAAGAAAUCGAACAAUGGAAUGCCUUUUUUCCUGAUCUAAGUCGCCUGUCACUUCGGUACACCGAUGAGGUCAAUUUGUAUGCAUUCCAUUACAUUUUCGGGCACAUUUCAAACUCGGUAAAAAAGUUUGAAAUACAUUGCACCCAGUCAAAAUGUAAACAUGGUUGGAGUCUUCCAAACCCUACAGAAGACACACGAAACAUUACAAUCAAACGCUUUUUACUUGAAAUUGAUCAUUAUACAAAUCCAGAUUCAGACAGUUGCCGACGAUCUUAUCAGUCGUGCUUGUGGAGAACGCUAAUUGAGCUGAUUAGCAACAUGUGCAAUCUUCGACAUGUUGAAUUAGUAGUUAACGAAGCUGAAGCAGUACAAUUGCUAGAUUGGUAUCAAUGGCAACAAGUAAUGCAUUGUUGUCGACAACUGAAUACCAUCGUGCUACGAGUAAAAGGAGAAAUGGUGCACCCGUUGGUUACGAUAGCAACCAUUCAGGAAAGACUACGAGACGUGCGGCACACAAUCAAAUUUCGAGUUAUAUUUCAGUAG